AUGACGUUUGAGAGCUUGGAAACUUAUAAUCAUCUCUUGGAAGUCGCAGUUACUUGGGAGCAGUUCAACCACUAUCGGAAUGUGGCCGAGGCUGCCCGGAGUGAACUUGCAGCAACUCUGGUCAAAUUUGAAUCUGCUCAGUCUGAGCUUCGAGAACUGCAAUCCAAGAUGCUUUCCAAAGAAGUUUCCUGUCAAGAGUUGAAAGCUGAAAUGGAGAACUACGGAGAAAACAAUGCCAGAAAAUCGUCUCUCCUCACCUCUUUGAGAGACAGAGUUCAGGAGCUAGAGGAAGAAUCAGCGGCACUCUCCACUUCUAAAAUGAGAACUAAAAUCACAGCUUAGUCUGCAAUCAGGGAGAACCAGGAGUUAAAGAAGAAAGUUGUAGAACUGGACGAGAAAUUGCAAAAAUAUUUAAAGGAAAACAAGGAGAAUGAGGAUCAAGUCUCACAGAAUUGCAGGAAACAUGAGGAAUUUCUGGCUCAACUUCAUGACUGCUUAGAUCCAGGGAAGAAGAAUGAAAAGGCAUCAGAUGAAGAUUUAAUUCUAAAGCUUGGAGAGCUGUGCAAGGAAAACGCAUUCGUGAAAGGACAAAUUGUUACUCUUGAAGAGACUAAAAAUGUCCAUGAGAUGGAGGCAAAAGCUAGCAGAGAAACAAUCAUGAGGCUGGCUUCAGAAGUAAACAGAGAGCAGAAAAAAGCUGCCUUCUGCGUUGAAGAGAAAGAGAAGCUGAACCAGGACUUGCUCAGUGCUGUAGAGGCGAAAGAAGGUCUUGAAAGGGAAGUUAAGAUCCUCCAAGAAAGGCUGCUUGCUGGCCAGCGGGUCUGGGAUGCCUCAAAGCAGGAGCUGGGCCUCUUGAAGAGAAGCUCUAUGGAGUUGGAGAAGCGUUCAAAGGCCAGUGUGGUUGCAGCCACAGCCUCGCAGAGCGAGUACUCCUCAUUUAGGGAGAAAAUUGCAGCCCUCCUGAGGAGCAGCUCGGGCACGCUGAGGCCCACGGAGGAUGCCAUUCUGGAGAGGAUUCGAGAAAUGGGCGGCCGGGAAGAGAGCGGGAAAUGGAUGGUCUCCCAGCUUGAAGCCCAAAUAUCUGAGCUUGUUGAACAGUUGGGAAAUGAGUCUGGGUUUCACCAGAGAGCUCUACAGAGAGCCCAGAAAGCAGAAAACAAGUUGGAGACUCUUCAGGGUCAGCUGACACAUCUGGAGGGAGAGCUGGUCUCUGGAGUUUUGCGAGACAACUUGAAUUUCGAGAAACAAAAAUAUCUUAAAUUUCUGGAUCAGCUUUCAGAGAAGAUGAAGUUGGACCAGACGGUUGCUGAACUUGGCUUUGACGUGCGUCUGGAUGUAGUUUUAGCUCGCACACAGCAGCUGGUCCGCCUCGAGAGCAGCGCAGUCAUUGAAAACAAGACGGUUGCCUGCAGUUUACAGUGAAAGCUAAAGACUCAGAAAGAAAGACUUGAGGGCAAAGAGCUGCACGUGAACCUCCUCCGGCAAAAAAUAGCCCAGCUGGAGGAGGUGAAGCAGGUGCAUUCGGCAUCGGCUGUGGAGAGGGACGAGGGCAAUGUCACCAUCAGGAAGUUGCAGAAGAAGGUGGAGAGGCUGCAGAAGGAGCUGAGUGUGUGUGGAGAAUUGAACACUGAGCUCAGAGCCAAACUGGCUGACACCAAUGAGCUUAAGAUUAAAACUUUGGAACAGACCAAAGCCAUUGAAGACCUAAAUAAAUCCAGAGACAAACUAGAAAAGAUGAAGGAGAAAGCUGAGAGAAAGCUACUGUCUGUCAAAUCAGAAUUGGAGACUACAGAGCAUGGGGCUAAGGAGAGUAAAGCGAGGGCCAGGAACAUGCUAGAAGUGGUAACCAGUGAAAUGAAGACAUUAAAAAAAUCUCUGGAAGAAGCAGAAGAGAGAGAAAAGCAGCUGGUGGACUUCAGGGAGGUGGUUUCUCAAGUGCUGGGCUUGAACAUGACCAGUCUCGCUCUUCCUGACUAUGUCAUCAAAUGUCUUGAAAGACUGAUACAUUCACAUCAGCAUCACUUUGUCACCUGUGCCUGCCUCAAAGAUGUGACCACAAGGGAAGAUGGACACCCACAAGGCCACUUACAGCUUCUUCAUUGA